CUUCCCGCUCCAUCGUGUCUCCAGCCUUGGACCGACCUUAUCACAAUCCACUUGAGAGGUGGGAAAAGGUUCAUUUCCAACGUAACCCUCCCUAUAUAACCUUUCAACAUGGCACCCAAGAAGAAGGGAAACAAGAGACAGGAAGAGGACUGGGAAGCGGAUCUGGGCGAGUCGGCUCCCGCCACCGCCUCUCCUCCUGCUGAGGACGCUGCCGCCGCUCCCGCUGAGGAGGACAAUGGCAUGGGCGGUGGUCUGCUCGCCGCCCUCCGCAAGAACAAGGCCAAGAAGGGCAAGAAGGGCAAGCCCGUCAACGACUUCGUCGAGGGCGAGGAUGCCGCCCAGGAGACCAACGACGCCGCCAACGACUUCGCCAGCAAGCAGCCCGAGGAGGGUGGCUUCGACGAUGAGGAUGACGUCUUCUCCGGAAAGGCCAAGCCCAACAAGAAGGCCGCCGCUGCCGCCGCCGCUCCGGCGCCCAAGGAUGCCGGCGAUGAUGGCGAGAUCCGUGUGAAGUCCAAGAAGGAGAAGGAGAGGGAGAAGAAGGAGAGAGAGAAGCAGCGUAAGAAGGAACAGGCUGCGAAGAAGAAGACUACUACCCCCGCUGAGACCAAGGCUCAACCCACUAAGGCUGAGCCUGUGAAGGAGGAGGCCGCUGCCCCUGUUGCUGCUCCCGAGCCUGCGACUGGCGGUAAGAAGAAGAAGAUCCCCGCACACUUGCUUGCCAUCCAGAAGCAGCAGGAGGCUCUGCGGAAGCAACAGGAGGAGGCCGAGCGUAUGGCGGCUGAAGAGGCCGCUGCUGAGGAGGAGAAGCGUCGCCUCGAGGAGGAAGAAGAAAAGAAGAAGGAGGAGGCCCGUCAACGGAAGAAGGAGAAGGAGAAGGAGAAGAAGGAGCAGCUCCGCAAGGAAGGAAAGCUUCUCACCAAGGCUCAGAAGGAAGCCAAGGAGCGUAACGAACGCCGUAUGCAGCAGAUGCUUGCGGCUGGUGUCGGCAAGGUUGCCGGUCUUGAGGAAGGCGGUGCGGAGAAGAAGAAGCCCGUCUACGAUAACCGCAAGAAGCGCGGCCCCAAGAAGCAGGAGGAUGACCUGGAAGCUGCUGCUGCCCGUGCUAAGGCUCAGCGUGAAGCCGAGGAGGAGCGCCGCAGAAAGGAGGAGGAGGAGAAGGCUAAGGCUGAAGCCAAGGCUGCCGCUGCCGCCAAGGGUGGCGAUGAGGAGAGUGAGGUCGAGGAUUGGGAGAAGGCCGCUGAGGAGGACGAUGUGAAGGACAGCUGGGAUGCGCCUUCGGAUGAGGAAGUGGAGAAGCCUGCUACGAACGGUGCUGAGAAGGCUGCCUCUGCCUCUGCUGAGAAGGAAGAGGAGGACAGCGACGAUUCUGAUGAGUCUUCCGACGAAGAUGAUUCGGAGGAUGAGCAGUCUGCGGCCCAGAAGGCCAUUGCUCAGCGCAAAGCAGAGGCUGCCGAGCGCCGCAAGAAGCAGCACGAGGAAGCUCUCGCCGCUCGUUCGAAGGACAACCUCCGUUCUCCCAUUUGCUGUAUUCUCGGACACGUCGAUACCGGUAAGACCAAGUUGCUGGAUAAGAUUCGUCAGACGAACGUUCAGGAGGGUGAAGCUGGUGGUAUUACCCAGCAGAUUGGUGCCACCUACUUCCCCGUCGAUGCCCUGCGCCAAAAGACCCAGGUCGUCAACCAGGACGGCAAUUUCGAGUUCAAGAUCCCCGGUCUGUUGGUCAUCGAUACCCCCGGUCACGAGUCUUUCUCCAACUUGCGUUCCCGUGGUUCUUCGCUCUGUAACAUUGCCAUCCUGGUCGUCGAUAUCAUGCACGGUCUCGAGCCUCAAACUCUCGAGUCCAUGAGAUUGCUCCGUGACCGUCGCACUCCUUUCAUCGUCGCCCUGAACAAGAUCGAUCGUCUGUACGGCUGGAAGAAGAUCGACAACAAUGGUUUCCAGGAGAGUUUGGCUAUGCAGAGCAAGGGUGUCCAGAACGAGUUCCGUUCUCGUCUGGAACGCACCAAGCUGCUCUUCGCUGAGCAGGGUUUCAACGCCGAGUUGUUCAGCGAGAACAAGUCGAUGGCCCGCAACGUCUCUCUGGUCCCCACCUCCGCUCACACCGGUGAAGGUAUUCCCGACAUGCUGAAGCUGUUGACUACUUUGACCCAGGAGCGUAUGACCAACUCCCUUAUGUACCUGUCUGAGGUCGAGUGUACCGUUCUCGAAGUCAAGGUCAUUGAGGGUCUUGGUACCACUAUCGACGUUGUCCUGUCUAACGGUAUCCUUCGUGAGGGUGAUCGGAUUGUGCUAUGCGGUCUCAACGGUCCUAUCUCAACGAAUAUUCGAGCAUUGUUGACGCCUGCACCGCUCAAGGAAUUGCGUCUUAAGUCGCAGUACGUUCACAACAAGGAGGUCAAGGCUGCUCUGGGUGUCAAGAUUGCUGCCAACGAUCUUGAGCAGGCUAUUGCUGGUUCUCGUCUGAUGGUCGUUGGGCCCGAUGAUGACGAGGAGGACAUUGAAGACGAGGUCAUGUCUGAUCUCGAGAACCUGCUCAGCAAGGUUUCCAGAGACCAGCGUGGUGUCAGCGUUCAGGCCUCCACCCUUGGUUCCUUGGAGGCCCUGCUUGAGUUCUUGCGUGUUUCCAAGAUUCCGGUCGCCAACAUUUCCAUUGGUCCUGUCUACAAGCGUGAUGUCAUGAUGGCCGGAACGAUGUUGGACAAGGCUAGGGAGUAUGCUGUCAUGCUGUGCUUCGACGUCAAGGUGGACAAGGACGCGGCUGCGUACGCCGAAGAAGUUGGAGUCAAGAUCUUCACGGCCGAUAUCAUCUACCAUCUGUUCGAUGACUUCACCAAGCACAUGGCCGAGCUGCAGGAGAAGAGAAAGGAAGAGAGCAAGAUGCUUGCUGUCUUCCCCUGCGUGCUCAAAACCGUGGCCGUGUUCAACAAGAAGGAUCCCAUCGUCAUUGGUAUCGAUGUGGUUGAGGGAAGUCUGCGUCUGCACACCCCUAUCGCUGCAGUGAAGACCAACGCCGAGACCGGCGCGAAGGAGAUUAUCAACCUUGGCCGAGUUUCCUCCAUUGAGCGCGACCACAAGGCCAUCCCUAUCUGCAAGAAGGGUCAACCUUCCGUUGCCGUCAAGAUCGAGGGUGCCAACCAGCCCAUGUACGGUCGUCAGCUGGAAGAGUCGGAUACCCUGUACUCCCAGAUCUCUCGUGCCAGUAUCGACACUCUGAAGGAGUUCUACCGUUCGGACGUGACGAUGGAAGAGUGGGGUCUUGUCAAGAAGCUCAAGCCUGUCUUUGACAUUCCAUGAGCGCCUUCACAGCUUCUCUAGUCAACCCUGGGACUUCUCAGAGCCGAGUCGGUCAAGGGUCCAGAUUCGACGAGCCAUAGUCACUGGUGAUGGCUGUGACUUAAGAAGCUCACGUGCUGUGGAUCAUCAUAUCGUGUUUUUGCUUGUUGUUUCUGCUGUUGCUUAGCCUACAGUUUCCUUGAGGGAUAUUUCGAACGCACGAUAGAUGGUCACCUACCCAGGGAUGAGUGAAGGAUGGAACGUUGGAUAUUGGGAGGUGAAAAGCAAAGGCAGAAGGCCUUGGAACGAGGAAUGACUACGACUUUUUUCUUAUCACCAAUACAAAAGCAAAAGAUGCCUGUACAUGAGACCUUUGAUGUUGGAAAAAAGCUAGCCGUGGUCGAUUGCUUUAUCUCUUUGUUAAUGAAUAGCUAUGGAUCUAGUUCGAAUUGAG